GACAUAAUGGCGUUUGGACGUCCCAAGCACCUCGAGGGCCCCAAGAUGCAAACGAAGAUGAGUGCAUGGACUCCCCUGAACCAUCAGCUCAUGAAUGACAAGGUUUUUGAAGAAAGAAGAAACUUGCUGGGGAAAUGGUUCGACAAAUGGACGGACAGCCAGAGGCGAAGCGUCCUGGUGGACUUCUUGGAGCGCUGCUCCCUCUCGCAGCUGAAAUUCUGUCUCAAGCAGCUGCAGAGUCGCGUUCCAGCUGAAGCCCUGGAUUUCACCACCGAGCUUCCCAGGGUGUUGUCUCUGUACAUCUUUUCCUUCCUGGACCCUCAGAGCCUCUGCCGGUGCGCCCAGGUGAGCUGGCACUGGAAAUACUUGGCAGAGCUGGAUCAGCUCUGGAUGCCGAAAUGCCUGCUUUUGGGGUGGCACAUCAGCUUCCCUCCGACUCCGUUUGAGGAAGGAAUCUGGAAGAAGCACUACAUUCGGACGGUGGAGGAGCUCCAGGUCACCAGGCCUAAGACCCCUCCGAAAGAGGCCUUCGUGGUGGUUGAUGUCCAGCCGAUGGCAAAAGAGGCCCCAGAGGUGAAGCAGUCCCUCUUCUCAGUCAUCCCUUCCGCGUCUCUGUUGGGAAAGAGGACGGGCAAGGGGGCAGGAGGCCUCCCUCCGUGGCGUUCUUCGGAUAAGCAUCCGACAGACAUCGUCCGAUUCAAUUACCUGGACAACCCGGAUCCAGUUGAGCAAGCAAGACAAGAGCGAGGAGGAGGAGUCACCCCAGAACGCAGCCAGAGAAAAAAGAAACCAGGAAGCGGGACAUACAAACUGCGGAAAGCAAAGUCCUUGCUGCCUGCAGGACUGCCACGAGCGCAAGCGUGCAGGACGCAGGCGUCCCUCUCGGCCGGCCGUGGCUCGCAGCCAGACGCUCCCGUUCGCCCAGCCUGGGCUGCGUACGAGCCAGCCGGCUACCCCGCGACCCAAGCGGCAGCCAAGACCCUCGUCCGGAGCGCCCGGUGGAACGCUGGGAUACGACCGGCACCUGCCCGGGGGCCGAUCCCGCAGCUCAGCGAGAAGGCGAGGAAGGCCUUUGUGCGCACAAGCCGGAGCUCGCCAACAUCCCCGCUUUUCAGAAGUCAGCCUUGGCAGAUUCCACCAUCCAGCGGGGGAUCGGACGCAGAGCAAGACGACGGAGAGAGCAGACUGUUCACAGCGUCGCGCUGA